AUGCUUACGUUCACAGUCGGGCACCUCGUCGACCGGUCGAAGCGCACGCCAGUGUACACGUUCGACGUCAUAACGAACAUGGCGCGGUUCAAGGCGCGCAAGUACACGGGGGUCGAGCGCAGCCAGACCGAGUUUGAGCGGCUCGAGACGCACCUGCAGGCAACGUACCCGGAGUGCCUCGUGCCGACGCUGGGACCCGGAACCACGUCGUCCAAGUAUGUGCCCGAGUACCAGAACGACCGGCUGGUGGUGCAUCUUGUGCAGCAAUGGCUCAGCCGCGUGGCGUGGCAUCCGAUCUUGCGCCAGGACUACGAGCUGCGGCAGUUUGUCGAGGCGCCGUUUGCGUUCAACCCGGCGCUGAGCAGCGCGCCGGCACUGACCAUGGCGCCGAGCGCGCCCUCUUCCUCGGGAAGCGGCUUUUUCUCGUGGGGCAAGAGCCGGCAGGCGCAGCGGAUCACCAGCGGCGCGACGCCCUUUGAGCAGCACCUGGAGACGACGGCAGCCAACCUGGGCGUUUUCCAGCGGAAUGCCGCCGAGGUGAGGCGGUGGCAUGGGCGGAUGGCGCGGACGCGGGCGCGGCUGGGCAUUGAUCUGCGCGAUGUCGGUACCAAGCUCGUCUCGGCUGGCGUCAUCGAGCACAACGCGCACCUGGCGCGCGCGCUCAAGCGGCUGGGCAAGCUCUUUUUGCUGGCAGGCCCGCAUGCGCAGGCGCAGGCCAAUGCCGAGGGCUCGCGCGGCUGGGCCGUCCUGGGACUGGCUGCCGCCAGCUGCGGCGAUGUGCAGCGCACGCUGCAGUGCCGCCAGCUGAUAUUCACCGAGCACCAGGUUGCGCAGCGGCAGCUGGACCGCAAGAAGCAGGCGGCGGCGGUCCUGCGGUCGUCGACUAACAUCAGCGCUGAGCAUGCGCAGGAUGCCGUGUCGGAGCUUGCGCAGGCCAAGGCCGACGCCGAUAACAGGCAGCUGCGUGCUGAGCGCGUCGACCGCGUGCUGGAAGCGACCUGGCUGCGUUCGGGCGGUAUCGCGAGGGCGACCUGA